CUCUCUCUAUACACAGCAGCUGAGACAGUGGCAGGGAGGAGCAGAGAAUUGAAGAUCCUUAAAUGCGGUUUGGUGGCAUCCCCCCACUGGCCCAUCCUCCAUCCUUUGCUCCCAAUAUCACAUUUGCGUUUUGCAUUUUUUGCACUGCAUUUCAUUGCAUUGCCACACCAGUACACCACCCCCACCUACAUAAAAACCCAAUGGCAAUCUUGCAAGAACUAACCUUUGCCACCACUGAUCCCUGCUGCUACUCCUCCCAUCUUUUACCCACUUUGACUCCACUCCACCUAGCUACCUAGCUAGCUCGCACCUUCUUCUUCGUGUUCGUUAAGCUUGCCGGGCUUACCGGCAAAGAAGGUCGUCGGCGACGCGAUGAUGAGGAGGCGGUGGUCUCGCGCGGCCGUCGUCGCCUGCUUACUGCUGCUCGCCGCCGCGUGCGCGGAGUCGGCGCGCCCACUGCCGGCCCCGGCCAAGGCGGCGGCGGCGGUUGUCGUCGUCAGGCCGAGGAGCGCGUUCGACGUGGUGGUGGCCGGGCUCGUCGGCAUCGGGCUCGGGCACCGGUGGCGGCCCGGCGGCGGCGACCUGGUCGACGACGAGAAGCGGCGGGUGCCGACGGGGCCCAACCCGCUGCACAACCGAUGAGUACUACGUGGUACGUGUACGUACGUAUAGCUAGCUAGCUAGCCUGCCGCGGCUUGGAGAGACGCGUCCAUGUUAUAUAUAUUUCCGCCAUUAGCGUGGGCGCGAGGAGCAAGCAAAGCUCCAUCGCAGAGUCGUCAUGGCGGCGGCGACGACGACGAGGAGGAGAAGAGGAGGAGAAGAAUGGGAAGGAGAAGAGAGGAGUUCGUCCAGUAUUGUUUCCCUUCUGCUUCCCUUUCUUCUUUGUCCCUCUUCUGAUCCACUUAAUUUGGUUUUUUUUAUUUUUUUUUCUUGAUUUUAUUUUGAUUUUUUUCCUCUCUUGUAUUGAUUGGUUUGUGAAGUGGACAGCAAGGCCAUUCUGUUGAUCGAAAGAGAGAUAGAGAUAUGAGUAUAGUGUUUCUUGUUUCCAUAUCCAUCUCUUAAUCUAUAGUUUUCUUGAUGAUUGUGUUGUUAUUUGGUAGUAUAUAUUGGUACAUGCA